AGACAGCACAACCACCUGUCUGACUUUAUGAGAAAAAGAAGAAAAAACCCAAAAUAGUGUCAAAAUCGGCAACCCCGUUUUUGGGAUUGGCUACACCUCUACCGAGUUUCGUUUCCUCUUUAUUCUUGUGGGAACUGCCUCAGUUCGCCUCUCCUGCCUCUCGACCAAGCGUCGCAACACCACACACCCACAGCAUCUUGGGCUUCGGGGGAGGACGGAUCCUGGUUGCCCACCAUGAGCGCAUACCAAAACGGCGCCCCGCGCCUGGGCGACGACAGCGACGUCGAGGAGGAGGCCUUGGUCGCCGACUACCGCGAGCAGGUCCAGUACGAGGACGGCAUGGAGGACGGCGAGAUGUCGAUGGCGCAGCAAGCCAACGACAUCCAGGAGCGUCUAGUUGCCGCUGCCCAGCCCUUGGACUUUUCGGCGCCGCUCGACGUCAAGUUCCAGAGCUACGACCAGUACUGCAGCCUGUUCCACUUCAUCCUCAACUCGGACGGUCCUGUAGAUCUCGAGCCGCCGUCUUACUAUUGGGCGUGGGAUGUCAUCGACGAGUUCAUCUACCAGUUCAACUCGUUCUCCUCGUACAGGAUGCGGAUAGCCCGACAGGCCAACAACGAGGAGGAGGCGCAAGUCCUCCGCGACAACCCAAACACAUGGGGCUGCUACAGCGUCCUCAACGUGCUCUACUCGCUCAUUCAACGGUCCCAGAUUCUCGAGCAGCUGGCCGCCAUGAAGCGCAACGAGGACCCCAUGACUGUCGCCGGCGAGUACGGCAACAAGAGCCUGUACCGGAUGCUGGGGUACUUCUCCAUCAUCGGCCUCCUGCGGGUUCACUGCCUUCUCGGCGAUUUUAGCCUGGCUCUGAGGACGCUCGACGACAUCGAGCUGAACAAGAAGGCCAUGUUUGCUCGCGUCAUGGCCGCGCAUUUCACGACGUACUACUACGUCGGCUUCUCCUACAUGAUGAUCCGCCGCUACGCCGAUGCGAUCCGCAUGUUCAGCCACAUUCUGGUCUACGUCUCUCGGACCAAGAACUUCCAGAAGAACGCGCAAUACGACUCGAUCAGCAAGAAGAACGACCAGAUGCUGGCCCUGAUCGCCAUCUGCGUCGCAUUCCACCCCACCCGUCUGGACGACACCAUCCACACGGCGCUACGCGACAAGUAUGGUGACCAGCUGCUGAAGCUGCAGAGGGGUGGCCCCGAAUCCCUGCCCAUCUACGAGGAGCUUUUCCGGGCCGCCUGCCCCAAGUUCAUCUCUCCCGUGCCCCCAGACUUUGACAACCCAGAGGCCAAUGUGGACCCCGUGGAGCACCACCUGUCCGUUUUCAUGGACGAGGUCAAGACCAACAUGUGGAGUCCCACCGUCAAGUCGUACCUGCGCCUGUACACCACUAUGGAUCUCAAGAAGCUGGCUGGCUUCCUGUCGGUGAAGCCGGAGGAGCUCCGCUCAUGGCUGCUGGUCAACAAACAGCGAACCAAGCAACUUCGCUGGACCGACCACGCGCUACUAGAUGGCGAACUCGUCAACGUCAGCGACCUGGACUAUGCUAUGCAGGGCGACCUGAUCCACAUAUCCGAGGCCAAGGUCGGCAGGAAGCUAGUGGACUGGUACCUCCGAAACCUCUCGCGCACCUACCUUUGAGUGUGAUAUAGGUACAAUUUUCACCGAGAUGGGCUCAUAUUUUCGGUCUAUCGUCCCACACCAAGCUCUACCAGAAGUGCGACGGCGCAUCGCCGCCGGCCACUGGGAAUCAAGUAUCGAGUGGCGUGACAUUGCUGCCCCGACGGACGGGUCCACGCAUUGCUCCUUUCUCAAGUCUAAUCUGCAGUCUCUCUUGCGGACAUUGUCGGGUCUUUUGAGACUUUUCUCCUUUCCUUGUUUUUUCUCUAGAAGCCCCGCCACCGGUGUGGCUGGGCCGAAUGUGCGUUGGCUUAUGGCGUCUCGGUGUUGGGGCCAACAAAGGAUCGGUGGGAUGGGCUGCGCCGUGUAUCGUGUAUCAGGGCCCUACACGAGCUGCUACGAGGGUAAAAGUCGUAUCGGUUGCACGCGCGCCAUGUGGCCACGACUUCCGGUGGUUACAGGACAGGUUGUGAUGGAAGAAAACAUACAAGACACCCGUACGUGUGCCAACGACGAAUGUAUGUGGGCGAUUAGGAAUCCAGUAUAUGAAGAA